AUGCUGGAGCAAACAGUUUCGCAGCUGCCAGCGCCAGGAAGGAGCGCAAAGCAAAGCUGCUCAACCAUCGACAUCCAUCUCCUCUCCUCUCCCCUCAACUCCAUUCCAACCAACUCUUCAUCGCAACAUCUCUUCCAUCCUCGCCCUCAUAAACACAUCCCUUCACCUCAACAGCCGCUCAUCAUGUCUUUUGACUGCGGCUUCGACAUCUUCCCCCUCCUCAGCCCAAGCCCCGAGAACAAAAUGAGGUACGCCGAAUUCCUCGACGACCUAACAACCGUCUACAAGGACGACGAAGAAACCCGCCUCCUCAUCCUCCCCUCCGACGCCGACUUCCCCAAGUACCUCGACAAGCGCUUCGUCCACUUCGCGCUGACCAACAACCCGCGCAUCCCCGCCGACCCCAACAACUGCGACCUGUUCUACAGCCUGCGCAGCACGAGCGUCUUCGACGCCACCGUCAUCGACACCAUGAAGGAGAUCUUCAUCAUCGCGCAGCACCAUUUUGGGAGCCGUGUGCACUUCUGGACGGAUGAGAGCGUCAUCUACUCGAAGGGAGAGGUCACCCGCUCGGAGUGGGAGGUCUGCAAGAGAGAGGAUGCCUCAGACUCGAAGUGA